CUACACUCCAUAGUUAGAACAGACUCCUUGAAUUUUUGAAAAUACAUCCGGUAAUACUUUAAAGCAAUGAAUUCAAGAACGACAAAGAUUUUGCAACUAUGCAACAGUUUGAAUGCUAUUUCGCCAUCUACGUCUACGGAUGAUUUGAGCACAAAAAUUGAUUUUAAUAUUUCACUGGGAAAUGACUCGCUUAAUACAAGCAAAAUAAUGGCUCAUCUAGGUAUCGGCGACAGCGGCGAUGUCCUGAUUUUACCUCUUGAAGGCGAAUUAUUUCCUCUUGAUGGUGACACAGCAUUCUCCGAAAACUUUAAUAACAUGAGUCCAGAACCCCUACAGCAACAAUUAUCAAUAGUUGCAGCACAAGAAAAUAAAAACCAAAAGGAAGCCAUCGAGUUCCGGCCGAGGCACCAGGCAAGCUUAGAUGAUGAUGAGGAUGAUGAUGAAUCCGUAGAUCCCAGUUACAAACCAAAUGGAAACGUUUUGAGCAGCGAUGAAGACGAAGAAGAAGAGCCAUUGGUGGUUAGGAUACCAGAAAAGGAAAACCAAAAUGAUGCCGACGAGUUUAACGGUGAUGAUCCUGGUUAUGAACCGAAUGGAAACGAGGACAGCAGCGAAGAAGAUGAUCAAGAAACUCCGAAGUUAAAGCGGCAACGCAAAAGAAAAGGUAAUAAAGAAAACUGGGAUUAUAAUCGCAAUAAGGAUAAGAGAAUGAGAGGGAUGGAUUAUAAUGGAAGAGGAAAAACUGAAGAUGGAAAAGCUGUAUACAAUAAACCACGUCCUGCUCGUCAACUGUUACCACCAUGCAAUUGUAAAAUAAGUCUAAAGGGCAAAACCUUAAAAUGCAGGGUAUUUUCACCAGAAAUACGACAAGAAAUUUUUACCGAAUUUUGGGAAAAACUAAAUUGGCAAGAACGCAAGCAGUAUGUACGAGGUGUGGUAGAUGUGAUGCCGCCAGUUAAAAAAAAAUCUAAUGAAACCUCAAGGCGUCAAUCAACUUUAGUUUUAAAAUUAAAGAAAGAUGGAGUCUCUCAGCGUGUGUGUAAGAAAAUGUUCCUGAACACGUUAAGUAUUGGUGAAUGGUCCUUGCACAGUUGGGCCAACACUUUAAAAGAGGCUACGAAUAAUAUUGCCGAAAUAAACCAACAACGAUCUAACCCUCGAAGUGAAUCAAACAAAAUGGUGUGUAAGUUUUUUGAUAACUUACCCAAAAUGGAGUCGCAUUACUGCAGAGCUAGAAGUAAUAAAUUAUAUCUAGAGCCCAUCUGGCAAUCCAAAGUCGACCUUUUUAACGAAUAUCGAAAGUUUUCUGAGAGGGAAGACUCAGAAAUUCGAACUGUUUCAAUAAAAACUUUCUCACUGGCAUUUGAGAAACUAAAUCUUAGUUUAUUUAUUCCCAAAAAAGAUCAAUGCGACGUUUGCACAAAUUUUAAGGCAAGAAAUCUCCCUGAAGACGACUACCUACAACACCAAAUAAGAAAGGAAGACGCCAGGAAUGAAAAAGAGAAAGACAAGGCAGAAGCUAAACAUGUUUAUUGUAUGGAUUUGCAGAAAGUCCUACUGUCACCACAUUCAAAUGUUUCAUCCUUAUAUUAUAAACGGAAAUUAUGUGUCCACAACUUCACAAUUUAUACAUGA